AUGUCCUGGCAGUGGUCUGAGCACGCGUUUCGUGCGCUGAGGCCUUCGCAAUGCUUCUCCCAGCUGGGCCUCAGGGCUCUACGACACCAACAAUCCUCGAAAUCCUCGCGUCUUCCUGUUCACACUCCCUUUCGCAUCUGCCAACGGCGGUUGAUGUCCACACCUUCUUCUGAAGCUCCUACCGAAGAACCCGUACAUACACCCAACAACUCCUUCAAAGCCGCUCCGCCCAUCAACUUCAAUGAAUCAAACGGGAUACCAGCACGCAUUGUACCCGCUUCACCAGGAUACUUUACUUCGAUGCCCAAAUUCACAGAUGAUCUUUUGCUUAUGGAGCGCCUGUGGAACAAGUAUUCUUCAUUAGCGACAAUCCCCGAAGCGGACGUGCGACGAGCGGCGUGGCUUAGACUCUCGCAAUACAACGACCUGUUCCAAGAACGUAUCGGCAACUCUAGAUACGAAGAACUCGUUAAAAUAAUGCAGAAUCUAAGCAGAAUCAGUGCUGCUAUGAUGCCCGAGGAAGUCAAGAUCGCAUUGGUGCCAUUUAUUAGACCAGGGGAGAUUGUGCAGCAGAAAACUAUACCUCCGACGGUUGACCACCUUGGACGUGCGCGGGGCGUUGCAAAACGGAAGACAUCAACCGCUGUAGUCUGGCUGGUGGAAGGGGAUGGACAGAUUAGGAUUAACGGGAAGGAGAUAACCCACGCGUUCUCGCGCAUCCAUGAUAGAGAGAGCGCCAUGUGGGCUCUAAGAAGCACGAAUAGAAUGGAUAAGUAUAAUGUCUGGGCUGUGGCGAAGGGUGGAGGUGUUACUGGUCAAGCUGAGGCCAUUACUCGGGCACUUGCAAAAGCACUUUUGGUCCAUGAACCUGCAUUGAAACCAAUGCUCAGAAAAGCCGGUGUCGUCACGGCUGAUCCUCGACAAGUCGAAAGGAAAAAGCCCGGUCUUCGAAAGGCCAGAAAGAGACCGGCCUGGGUCAAGAGAUGA